AUGGCAUCUAUUACAAGAUCGCCAGCGCGGACCGUUCCCGCAUCCACCCUCUUCCAUCCCCGCAACCCACGGCGGGUCUCAAGACGAUACCUGGGGAUCCCCUCCGCAUACCUUCUGGACGACUAUCUCCCACGCUAUCAACUUCUCACAUCCGUCGAGUCAUCGAUGAAGCGAUCUCUCGCAUACGCACACCUACGCGAAUGUAACCUGUGUCCUCGCAAAUGUGGUAUUAACCGAUAUGAAACAACAGGCAUGUGUUUGAUCGGGGCUAAAACAGCCAAGGUCAAUGUGAUUGCACCACCUCGUGGAGAAGAGCCAUGUAUACAGGGACACCAUGGGAGUGGAUCUGUAUUCUUUUCGGGCUGUAAUCUUCGAUGUGUAUUCUGUCAGAAUCAUCAGGUCGGAAGAGUUCAUAACAUUAACCUUGUUACGCCUGAGCAUGUCGUACCACAAGUUGCACUUUCGAUUCUCAAUGCACGGGACAUGGGGCUUCGCAUCCCAAUUAUCUACAAUACCUCCUCAUUUGACUCAAUAGAGUCACUUCAGUUGCUUGACGGGCUGAUAGAUAUCUAUCUACCUGAUUUCAAGUUAUGGAAGAGCAGUACCUCAAAACGACUACUUAAGGCAGAAGACUAUCCCUCGACAGCAAUGGAAAGCAUUAAAGAAAUGCACCGUCAGGUUGGGAAAGAAGAUGAAGGGAGAGAGAUUAUGCGCUGGCUUGGAGAGAAUGUCUCGAAGGAUCUAUACGUUCACAUUAUGGAGCAGUAUCAUCCUGAUGCGCAUGUCGGCAAGAAACGACGCGUUACUAGACAGGUACGCUUUUGUGAUGGGGAGGAGACUCCUCAGGAAGAGGUUCGUUAUACGGAGAUUAAUCGGGCUGUACGCGAUGAGGAGCUUAAUUCGGUGAAAGAUGCGGCUGUUAAAGCUGGUCUUUGGCGUUUUUGCGAGCCACAUGAGGGUCAGUUUCAUCUUUGA